AUGCAAAAAAAUAAUCAACGUUUACCACGUUCUCCUGGAAAUACUUGUACCAAAAAAUCAAAAUCCGUUGAUAAUAUGUUGGGUCAGGAAACAACGGCUGACAACAUCAAUAGUGGUAAUUUAUCUCAAAUUAUUAAAGAACAGUUUUCGUCAUCGCAGUUUAUUGAACAAGUGGCAAAAUCUAUUGUUAGUUCUGAUAUAUUCAUCAAUUCUAUUGAAAAUGUAGUUAAAGAAGCCACGAGACAACAGCAAGAACAAAUUGGUCAUUACUAA